GUUUCUUCAGCACGGUUUUCUCACAGUAUGGAUUUGGUUGCUGGUGUACGCAAAGAAGGCAGCCGCGGCGGCCGCAAUGAGUUCAAAUGGUCCGACGUCCAAAGUUCUGCCCACCGCGAGAACUACCUAGGCCACUCAGUGAUGGCCCCGGUCGGCAGAUGGCAACAAAAUCGUGAUCUCGGCUGGUAUGCGAAGGGAGACGAAGAUGAGGAAGAACGAAUCCGCAGAGAGCGGGAGGAACUUCGACGUGUCAAGGAGGCGGAGGAGGAAGCAAUGGCCGUCGCUCUGGGCCUGCCGGUGCCCCCGAAAGCAUCUGAAAACGCCAACAUGUGCCAAAAGAAGAAGAGAUGCCAGAUGCUACAACAAGAGAAAUGGAUCAUCGCUCAAGUCACCGACACAGACGCGAGCGAACCCGAAGCCCGCGACGGGAAAGGCGGCAUGACCGGGGCGACGAUUCUUCACGUGACAAGGACCGAAGACACCGCAGACAUCAUGAUGAUCGAGAGCGCCAUCACCGCAGCCAUCGUCACAGAUCGCGCUCACGAUCUCGCGGUCGAGAUCACCACAGACGGCGCUCUGUCUCCCGUUCUAGGAGUCGACCCAGCCGCAAAGACGAGGAACAUCAGAAACGACGACGGAUGGAGCGCAGCUACUCGCCGGCUGAGCGUCGGCGACACCCCGAACGCAGACGAGACCGAGACGACCAUGACCGCCGCCAUUGAGCUACAAAGCUACAAAUCGGAGUAUGAACUGAUACAUUAG